AGCAUCCCCUCCCGAGCCCAUAGAAAAGCCAGGGAGAGUGCAAAGCAGCGUCACUGUGCAGGCGGAGAUACGCCUGAGUGCUGUCCUCCCCUCUCUCUGCCUCUGUCACUGCCAACUACUGGGGGUCCUGCUGCCAGCAUGCAUUGCAACAGGGCUCUGGCCGUCAGCAUCUACGCCGACAACUGCAUCCCUGCCGGCCUGCGACUUGGUCCCAUCAUGGGCAUCUUCAAACUAGGGAAGUACUUGUCAGAUCGCAGGGAACCUGGACCCAAGAAAAAGGUGCGUUUUGUGAGAGGGGACCUGCUUGAUGAGGCUGGAGGUCCCGCCACAGAAUGGAUGGGCUUAAUCAGAGCAGCCAGAAACAAUCAGGAACAGAUUCUGGAAGCUAUAUCUGAUUUACCAGGAGGCCAGAUAUAUUAUAGGACUCUGAGGGACGUGCAGCCAGGAGAAGAACUCACUGUAUGGUACUCCAGUUCCCUUGCACAGUGGUUUGACAUCUCCACUACAGCCACUCCGACCCAUGAUGAAAAAGGAGAGGAGCGCUACAUCUGUUGGUAUUGCUGGAGAACAUUUAAAUUCCCCAACACCCUGAAAGCCCACGUUCAUUUUCACUGCUCCCUUAACAGCAGCAGGGGGUUUCUGCAUAACGAUCAGAUCAGAACCUCUCAAUCCUUUUCUGCGUCCCCGAAAAUCUCGGAAGGAGUGUCCAACACAGCCCCCCCACUGAGGACCAACCCCCAGCUAGCCAACGGGGCAAGCAGGGACUCUAUUAAAAGGGAGGCCUCUUUAUCUCCUGUACUGAGCAAGCUCGGGGUGAUCAAGAAGGCUCUGGGCAAAGAACACCAGGAGAGAGCCUUGGAUAUGAGUGUGGGAUCUACACGAAACCACAGCCAGUUUAUUGGCAUAGUGGGCAAUGCAUGUGGAGGGAAUGGCAUGGCAUUUUAUCCAGGAAUCAGAUCUGCUUUUAAACCAACUGGACUAUCGAAGUUACCCCAUACCGAUUCAGCCAGAGAAGACUCAAAGGCCACCAGCAUGGGAUUCAGCAAACUAUUGGGGGGCAUCAAGCCUAGUCGCCCAGGGAGUGAAGCUCUGAUCAGUAGCCACCAAUCCAAGUGUCUGUCUACUGGAGAUGGCUCAUCUAGCAUCUUGUCCUGUGCCACUGGGCUAAGAGGUUUCCCUAUCCUAUCACAUCUGGAGGAAACAUCAGCCUUCAAACACGUAGAAAGAGGGGUCCAUGCCAACCUCUCCCCCACCAGCCGCUACAACCAUAUGCCUUCAGCAGGACUUCACUUUGAAAGAUUCUCCAUUCCUCCAUUUGAAGGCAUGAAGUCAUAUUCUGCAGAAUGUAAUAUCCCGGUCAUGCCUUUCACUGUAUACAACGGAGAACUUCUUUAUAGCACUCCUUACUAUCCCUUUAAAUUUCAUUUCAGUAACCUUAUUAAGUACCCAGAGUCAGUGUCGUAUUUCAAUGCUGGGCCAGCUAUCAACCCGGAGCUGGGCUCCAUUGCCUCCAGCAUAGACCGUGAGCUUGCCAUGCACAGCCAUCAGCUUUCUGAGAUAGCAAGCGAGAAGGGCAGGGGGGGCAGGAUAGAGAGCCUCGCAGCAGGGGCAGCUUCUGCUACUGGCAAACCCAAGAAAGGGCACCUUUGUUUGUACUGUGGCAAGUUGUACUCUAGGAAAUAUGGCUUGAAAAUCCACAUGAGGACUCACACUGGCUACAAGCCUCUAAAGUGUAAGGUUUGCCUGAGGCCUUUUGGGGACCCGAGCAACCUCAACAAACACAUUCGCCUGCAUGCGGAGGGCAACACCCCUUACCGCUGUGAGCACUGUGGCAAAGUCCUGGUGCGGCGGAGGGAUCUGGAGAGGCAUGUGAAAUCCAGGCACCCCGGGCAGACCCUGAGCAGCAAGGAGCAGGAUCCAGCGGAACAGCAGUAUUCUCAGGCAGAUCCCAAAAGUGAGGACAAUGACAGUGAGGUGGACGUGUGUUUCACUGAUGAACAGAGUGACCCGGAGACAGGAAGCAGCAAGGAGCAGUAGCCAGCACAUACACACAGAGCUUUAUCGGAAAAUCCACUUCUAUAUAAAUAUAUGCAGAUCUAUUAUACACUAUUUGUUAGGGCCAAUCUAUUUAUGUGAUUCUAAAUGCAACCCAGUUGUUGGACAGUAGAUUACCAGUUGGACACUGUUCUGCAGACUGGCAAGUCAAGGACUUGUAUAUGAAGUAUGUGUGUGAGUGAUAUUAUGGGGGAGUUUGAUAUACGUAGCACUUUUUAUAAGUGGGGAAAGCAAUCCCGGUGUAAUCAGAUAUGUGCAUUACCCAACAGUGCAACUGGAAGGCCAUCCUUUUGGUGUUGUUCAUCUGACACAAACCCAGAUACAUAGAGUGUCCCGUUGUCAUUAGGGGUUAAACCUUGCAAUUUUAUAAACCUAAUUUAACUUUACACUCAAUUGUGGCAUAAAAUAAAUGGCUAGAGCAGAUCUUUAUAAACCUCAUGAUGUAGGCUUAGGUGCAAGUCUAAAGGAGAAAGAACAACUUAUUAGCAGCAAAAGCAGAACAAACACAAUGGAGAGGGCCUUAACUAGUGGAUGGGCAGGUGGGGUGUAACCAGCCAAAAAUCCAUUCUGGCAUGGUUUGGGUUGUGUUAAGAUGUGUGUAGAGAUAUCAUACGCUUAUAGGGCCCCCAAACCCUCUGCCAUGGAGCAUUAACAAAGUUAUUUCCCUUUAUGAAGGCAAUAGAGUAGUGAAAAAGGUCACAAGCAGGCACUUUGAAUUUAUUGCAUUGGCCCUUUUUGCACCAAUGGCUUUUGCUGACAGUCAAUGAGGUUUUUUUUAAUAAUGUAUUAAAGAUAUACACACAGCACAAUAACGUUUUAACGUGUCAAAAAUGUAAAGUAUUGUAAACGCUGUUUAGGUGUAGUGCACAUAUUCCGAAUGGGGAUGCCAAACCACGGCCAUAUGUCUAUAAUAUGUUGACAGAAAAACUGUUUUAUAUUUUGAGUGUCUUGUAGUUUUUUUUUCAUAAUGGUAUAGAGUGAAUACAGUUAUUUGGUCUUGAUUCAGUUUGUUAUGCCGUUUUCUUAAUAAACAUAAUAAUUAUAUUCUGCUUGUCCAUUGGAUUCUAAA